AUUCUUCUCCUCCUCGUUGCUCUAUAUAUCUAUUAGUCGCCGCCAGAUCAAAAAUUGCCAAAUCAUAUUGUCCCCAGAACGACGAGCUCUUGCGAAUCCAAAGAAUAUGUCGACCAGGAUAGGUGUUAAGAAAUCAAAUGUUCUUCAUGUUUGGAAUCUGAGCUCCAAGACAACUGAUGAGAGUUUGAAGGAGCAUUUAACUCAACUGUUGAAGCAGGGACAGUAGAUUCUGAGUGUCAGGAUAAAAAAAGAUUGGCGGAAUAAUAUUCCAAUUGGUGAGGCUUAUGUAGAAUUCGAUUCUAUAAAGACAGCGACCAGAGUCUACAGAUAUCUACAGGAUACUGUUGUGGAUGAAUAUCGUUUGCAAUUUUCAUUCCGUGAGAAGAACCGAAAUUCAGAGACUAGGACAAUGUUACAUGUGAGACGUGUCUCUCCUGACGCAACCAAGAAAGAUCUCAAACAGCUUUUCGAGCCGUUUGGAGCGCUCAAGAGUGUUGACCUUCCAUUGUAUGAUAAUGGACAGCGUGGUUCUAUCGCUUAUGUUGACUUUUGCGAACAUCAAGAUGCUAAAAACGCUAAAAAGGCUUUGACCAACACUCUCUUACGUGGAAGGUCUUUGGUGGUCAAGUGGGCUUUGGACAUCGAUAGCAUGGACGACCCAGAACCACCCCGUGCACCAAGACCAAUAACAAUAGCAGCUUACCCUCCUCGUCAUACAAAGAAAAGAAGAGCCUCCCCAGUUGAUGAUUAUGAACAGCAGGUUGAAGUUUGUGAGAGAAUAGCUUAAUAGCCCCGCACCUCUAUCGUGUUUCUUCUACUUUGUAUCUAGUCUCCAUGGUUUCCUACUACUCUGCUGGACCGGUUCUUUACCGGAUCCAUUAAAAAAAAUAGUUCGGUAUCGACUCAAGUCUCUUCCUCUUUCCCUGUGGUUUUACUUCUCUUG